AUGGGUAACAAGAAAGGGGAAGAUGCGCCUUAUAGGGACGAGCCAGACCGCGAUGAUGCAGCGUCAACCUCUUCUGCUGUCCUUCUAGGAGACUUCGACUCCUUUCCAGACGAAGCACUUCCAGCAUACGAAGAUACGGCCUCUCAGCCUCCAUCUGUCCCCGAUUUCUUCAGAGGAACCUAUCCACUCAUUAACUGGUACUGUGCUCCCCCCCAACUCCCCUUUGCGAGCUAUGAUAUGGACGAGACGGAACAACGGACCCGCUUCCCCAAUUAUUCAACGAAUUCGGGGACCCUCGAGUCGAUGAUCAGAGAGCAGGCCAGCUAUCCGCCAACCUAUUUCGUCACACUACACGGCUCGCAUACGGAGACGAGACGCAAUGGCAAUAAAGAAACCAAGGACAAGAUCAACGACUUCUUCAUAAAGAUCAACUUGACCAACCUCCUCUCUCCAGGACCGGGCUCGGACUACUCUGGAAAGCUUGAACUACUCCCAGACAACAAGCGUGGAUUUAGGGGAACCCGUUUCCCAUCUCUGAACCCGAGUCUGCAAGACGUGGAAGAGGCGGAUGAAUUGCGAGCGUGGUGCGAUAGAUAUGUCGCUGAUCCUGCGGGAGUAAAGUCCUUUACACUGAAGCGGGAGAUCAGAAAUCACGAUACCAAGCGCCUUGAACAACUGCUCAGAUCUGCCAUCCAAGAGACCAAUUACCGCGGGCACCUCUCGGUAGACUUCCAGACCGUUCACCAAACCUUGAUAGUCUACUCACCCGGUAUGAUCAAUCAGUGGAGAAUCACUACCUGGAUCCGCUGGGUUUUCUACCUAACAUUCCUCUGGCUAUUCUCCUGGCCAUUCCUCUUCUUCCUCACCAGCAGAUACGCAGUCGUAAAGGCUGUCUACGAUUAUGCCGACUGCCCACCAGGCGACGACGUAGGGAGAAAGCCAACUAUCAUGAGCGAAGUUGACUGGUACCACCGCUGGGAGAGUGCCAUCAGGCGUGCCGCUCUGGCGAGAAUGAUGUGCAAAGAUACGUAUCUAGACGAUGCGUAUAGGAUUGCUACUACGAGGGCCGAUGCAAGAGGUGUGCAGGUGGGUGCAAGUCCUCAAAUACCCAGCACUGGCAACGCUUUUGCGGAUGGAGCGUUCUCGUUGAUUGGACAGGGGAUGAGAGUCGCUCAAGAUUUUAACGAAGUGAGAGGAUGGGGUCAUGACACUUAG